AGAGCUGCACAGCGCCCUAGGCGGCCGCCUCAGCAUGUCGGACCUCGACGAGUUCGAGCGGCAGCUCAACGAGAGUAAGCAAGAGCGCGACAAGGAGAACCGGCACCGCAAGCGCAGCCACAGCCGCUCCCGCAGCCGGGACCGCAAGCGUCGCAGCCGGAGCCGGGACCGCCGCAACCGGGACCAGCACGGCGCCUCCCGGGACAGGCGGCGCCGCAGCAAACCUCUGACCAGAGGCGCCAAAGAGGAGCACGGUGGGUUGAUUCGCUCCCCCUGCCACGAGAAGAAGAAGGCCCGCAGAUACUGGGACGUGCCGCCGCCGGGCUUCGAGCACAUCAGCCCCAUGCAGUACAAGGCCAUGCAAGCUGCGGGUCAGAUUCCAGCCACCGCCCUCCUCCCCACCAUGACCCCCGACGGUCUGGCUGUGACCCCGACGCCGGUGCCCGUGGUCGGGAGCCAGAUGACCAGACAGGCCCGGCGCCUCUACGUGGGCAACAUCCCCUUCGGGGUCACUGAGGAGGCCAUGAUGGACUUCUUCAACGCUCAGAUGCGCCUGGGGGGGCUGACGCAGGCCCCCGGCAACCCCGUCUUGGCCGUGCAGAUCAACCAGGACAAGAACUUUGCCUUCUUAGAGUUCCGCUCGGUGGACGAGACCACCCAGGCCAUGGCCUUCGACGGCAUCAUCUUCCAGGGCCAGUCGCUGAAGAUCCGCAGGCCUCAUGACUACCAGCCCCUGCCGGGCAUGUCGGAGAGCCCCUCGGUCUACGUGCCUGGAGUCGUGUCCACCGUGGUCCCGGACUCUGCACACAAGCUGUUCAUCGGGGGCUUGCCCAACUACCUGAACGACGACCAGGUGAAAGAGCUGCUGGCGUCGUUCGGGCCGCUCAAGGCCUUCAACCUGGUCAAGGACAGCGCCACCGGGCUGUCCAAGGGCUACGCCUUCUGUGAGUACGUGGACAUCAAGGUCACGGACCAGGCCAUCGCGGGGCUGAACGGGAUGCAGCUGGGAGACAAGAAGCUGCUGGUCCAGAGGGCGAGUGUGGGCGCCAAGAAUGCCACGCUGAGCACCAUCAGCCAGACCCCCGUGACCUUGCAAGUGCCCGGCCUGAUGAGCUCGCAGGUGCAGAUGGGCGGGCAGCCGACGGAGGUGCUGUGCCUGAUGAACAUGGUGCUGCCGGCCGAGCUGCUGGACGACGAGGAGUACGAGGAGAUCGUGGAGGACGUGCGCGACGAGUGCGGGAAGUACGGGCUCGUCCAGUCCAUGGAGAUCCCACGGCCCGUGGACGGCGUGGAGGUGCCCGGCUGCGGGAAGAUCUUCGUGGAGUUCACCUCUGUGUUUGACUGCCAGAAAGCCAUGCAGGGCCUGGCGGGUCGCAAGUUCGCCAACAGAGUGGUGGUCACAAAAUACUGUGACCCCGACUCUUACCACCGCCGGGACUUCUGGUAGAGGUGGCGGGGCAGCGCAGCGGCGGAGCUGGCUGGGGGCGUCUCCCCCCUCCUGCUCCCCCCAUUUCCCCCCUCCCCCGUAACGCUCUGCAGACGCUGGGCAGAGGAGUGUGAGCCGAAUGACAGCCGGCAGCAACUGGAAUGGCAG